AUUCAUUAAUCUUGUUCUAAUUCCUUCAUUUUUUCAUGCCUUUCAAAUCCCUUUCCCAUUGGGCUCUAUUUCUUUCUCUCUCUGUGUCGUCUUCUUCUUCUUAACGACGAGGAGAUCGGAUAUAUCAUUGAUCAGUAAUGGAACAAGGGUUUAAGCAUCAGUCCACGAUCCUCAAUUCCUUCGAUCAUCAACCUUUGGACGAUGGUGCAGACAAACGAGUCGUCAGCGAGAUGGAUUUCUUCGCCAUUAAGAGUCCCGACACUAAUGAUGGCAUUGAUCAUGAUCAUCGUGAUCAUGACGAUGAACGUGCAGCGAAAAGGCUUCACCUUCACUUAAGCACUGGUCUGAAUCUUCUGACAACCAACUCGGAGAUCCCGGCGACGUCUGCAGACAAAAAUGGCGGACAGGACUCCAGUAGCAGUGGUAGUAAUGAAUUCGACGUUCUGAAGGCGGAGAUCCGUCGGAUGAACACAGAAAACGAACGUUUGAGAGGUGUCCUUGAUCAAAUCAACGACAAAUACCGUUCCUUGAGGACGCAUAUCUUGUCUCUUUCCCAUCAUCCAAACCCUCAGAUGAUUCCAGAACACUCGGCCACUGCCGCCCAUCGGGAAAAUCAUUCGAGCUCACCAAUUCGAAGUACUGAAGAAAUGCCAAUAGCUACGAACAAUAAUAAUAAUAACAAUUCGAGGGCAAACGCCAAAAGCCGCGACAGCCCGGAAAGCAGUUUCCGGGAACGGAUUCCGGCGACCAGAACCCCUAACCUGCCUGAUUCCGACCACCUCCAAGUCUCCGAAAGCACCGUCAAGAAAGCCCGCGUCUCUGUCCGCGUCCGCUCCGAUGCUCAAAUCAUCUCCGACGGGUGUCAAUGGCGGAAAUACGGCCAAAAAAUGGCCAAAGGGAACCCAUGCCCGAGGGCUUAUUACCGCUGCACGAUGGCCGUCGCCUGUCCGGUCCGCAAACAGGUCCAGAGGAGCGCCGACGACCGGUCCAUCCUCGUCACCACCUACGAAGGCCGCCACAACCACCCGCUGCCGGCGGCGGCCCUGCCGAUGGCGUCGACCACGGCGGCCGCCGCCACAAUGCUGCUCUCCGGCUCAACUUCCGGCGCCGACGGAUUAGAAAAUCCGACCGCCGCCAAUCCUCCGAUGAUCCCUUAUUCCCUAAAUCAGGCUACCAUUUCUGCAUCGGCGCCGUUCCCCACCGUUACAUUGGACAUGACACACUACGGCGCGGCGGCGAGUCAUUCACGCGCCGCCCCAUUCGCCGGCGGCGCCCAACAACCGCAGUUACAGGCCGUCCCUAAUUUUCCGUCGGGCUCCGGCGGCAGCGCCGGUUCGUCGCAGGAGUUUUUGAGUGCGAUUGCGGCAGACCCGAAUUUCAAUUCGGCGUUGGCGGCGGCGAUCAGCUCGAUUAUAGGCGGCGCUCAUCGUUCUAACGUUAAUGGCGUCGAAGAUCACAGCGAUUCUUCCCCAAAUGAAUAAACACUGCUGAUUUCGGCAAGUAAUUCAGAUAUAUCAUAUACAUAUAAAAUGUGAUCUUUGGCUGGUUCGUGGUUAGCACAACAUUAACAUUAAUUUUUGUUGGUUUUUAAAUUAUUUGGUGUCUGAAUGUAUCUAAUUUGGACUCAUGCAGUUGAUGUUCUGCCAUCUCUUUCCAUGGGAUUUUUUAUUGGCAGAAGAAAUAAAAUGCUGUUUUCUCUCUU